AUGAGCGACGGUGAACUUAGUGAAAUGGUUGAGAGAGUUAGGGGAACCACUAGCGAGCAGACGGAUGGCCGAAUGGUCGGAUGGCCCGUCGGCCGGACAAAUGACCGUACGUACGUGAUUCAUGACGACUCCUACAACAACGACGACGACGUCGGUCGGUCGGUCGCUCGCCAACAGCAGGAGGAGGCACACGCUACAGUAGCAAACUACGGUCAGUGCGAAGUAGAGAGCUAG